AUGAAGAAGUUCGGCAAUGUCUACCUCAUCGCGGCCAUCUCCAUCAUUGGCGGUGGCCUGUUCGGCUUCGAUAUCUCUUCCAUGUCCGCCAUCAUAGCUACCCAGCCAUACCUCUGCUACUUCAACCAAGGUGACGUGCCAUGCACUGGUCCUACUUCAAAUGUCCAAGGUGGGAUCACAGCCUCGAUGGCUGGCGGUUCCUGGCUCGCCUCGCUCUGCUCCGGCUUCGUGUCCGAUAGAUUCGGCCGCAAGCGUGCCAUCAUGCUCGGCGCCGUGAUCUGGGUCAUCGGUUGCAUCAUUGUCUCCGCCUCGCAGAACAUCGCCAUGCUCAUCGUGGGCCGAGUCAUCAACGGUUUCUGUGUUGGUAUCUGCUCUGCUCAAGUGCCAGUUUACAUCUCCGAGAUCGCGCCGCCAAGCAAGCGAGGACGUCUCGUGGGUGCUCAACAGUGGGCCAUCACUUGGGGUAUCAUGAUCAUGUUCUUCAUCUCAUAUGGCUGCUCUUUCCUAAAGGGGACUGGCGCCUUCCGUGUUCCAUGGGCUCUCCAGAUGAUCCCAGCUAUCGUUCUCUUCUUCGGCAUGACGAUCCUUCCGGAAUCUCCUCGCUGGCUGGCUUCCAAAGACCGCUGGGAUGAAUGCAGGGAUGUGCUCGUCUUGACGCACGGCCAUGGAGACGUCAACAGUCCCUGGGUCGCGCGUGAGUUCGCCGAAAUCAAGGAAUGGAUUGAGAUCGAGCGCCAGAGCAAGCAGAUCAGCUACCUCACCCUCUUCACCCCCCGCUACAUCAACCGCACCCACAUCGGGCUGUUCACCCAGAUCUGGAGUCAGCUCACAGGAAUGAACGUAAUGAUGUACUACAUCACAUAUGUAUUCACCAUGGCUGGCCUGACCGGCAACACUCUCCUGGUCUCAUCAAGCAUUCAGUAUGUCAUCAACGUGGUCAUGACUGUUCCCGCUCUGAUCUGGAUCGACCGCGUUGGUCGUCGUCCAACACUGCUAGUCGGCUCGUGUCUGAUGGCGACCUGGCUGUUCGUAAAUGCAGGCAUCCUUGGUGGAAAAGGCACGCCAGUACCCGGUGGUGUCAACGGGAUCAAGGAAGCUCAAGUCCAAGUCACCGGUGCUGCUAGCAAGGCCGUCAUCGCCUGCUCGUAUCUCUUCGUCGCUUCUUAUGCUCCAACCUGGGGACCUGUUUCCUGGAUCUACCCCCCAGAGCUCUAUCCGAACGAGCUGCGUGGCAAGGCCGUAGCCUUCGCAACAUCUGGCAACUGGGCAUUCAACUUUGCACUUGGCUACUUCGUUCCACCUGCGUUCGAAACCAUUACAUGGAGAACAUACAUCGUAUUCGGUGUCUUCUGUGUCGCCAUGACGAUCCAUGUCUUCUUCAUGUUCCCAGAGACAGCAGGCAAGCCUCUCGAAGAAGUCACAGAGAUGUUUGAGGAUCCGGCGGGCAUCAAAUACAUCGGAACUCCUGCGUGGAAGACCAAGAACUUCUACUCGUCCACACUCCGCAUGGAAGGUGGCGAUCUGUCUGGGAAGAGGAUGCAUAGCGAUGACGAGUCGCCAGAGCGUCGCGAGGCCACGGAGCCUGAGAAGAUUGUCUAG